AUGGAAUCCCGGAUUAUGGAGUCUUCAUUUUGCUCUAGUGUAUCCUCCGGUUCGAUCAAUAGAUACCGUUUCUCCUCCGGAGCGAAACCUUUCUCCAUCUGCUUUCCUCAGAAGACGAGAACAAUGAGCUUAAAGGCAUCGGAGAAUGAUGAGGGUUUCACUUACAAGGAUUCUGGUGUGGAUAUUGAUGCUGGGACUGAGCUCACUAGACGAAUCAGGAAGAUGGUUCCUGGGAUUGGCGGAUUCAGUGGUGGUUAUGAAAUUGUAUUUGGUAUGGAUGGUGUAGGGACUAAACUUAAAUUGGCAUUUGAGACUGGAAAGCAUGAUACCGUUGGAAUCGACUUGAUCGCCAUGUGUGUGAAUGAUGUUAUUACUUGUGGUGCAACCCCUAUUGGUUUCGUAGAUUACUAUUUACGAAACCAUGCAGUGACGGUCAUUACAGGGAUUUUUUAUGGUUGUCAGCAAUCCAGCUAUGACCCCAUGGAUCCAUGCAACCUCUUAGGAGGAGAGUUAGAGAUGGGUGACUUUUAUGCCAAGGGCCACUACGAGCUCGUUGGCUGUGCAGUAGGCAAAGUGAAGAAAGAUUCUAUUAUAGAUGGGAAAAACAUAGUAGCUGGAGAUGUCCUUAUUGGUCUCCAUUCAUUCCAAUGGUUACUCCUUAGCAAGAAGGUACUUGGCAUGGUCGAGAAAGGAGGAGUGAAGGGGCUAGCUCAUAUAACAGGGGGAGGUAUGACAGACAACAUUCCCCGAAUCUUACCACAUGGUUUGGGUGUUGUUAUUCACACCAAUGCUUGGGAACUUCCACCUUUGUUCACUUUUAUCCAAAAGCAUGGGAAUGUAGAAGACGGUGAGAUGAGAAGGACGUUUAAUAUGGGAAUUGGGAUGGUAAUGGUGGUCAGUCCAGACGCGGCUUUGAGAAUAUUAGGAGACGCUGAGAAUGGCGACUAUGUUGCAUAUCGCAUAGGAGAAGUUGUGACUGGUGAAGGUGUAACGUAUCAUUAG